AUGACGAUGGGUGUGUGCCCAAACAUCUCGUCCUCUCUCAGGAAGCUUCAGUUUAAUGCACUUUUGCACACCACGAACAUGGCAGAUGUCCAUAGAAAAGAACCAGGCGUUGUGAUUAAAGACGGGUGGUCAGGUUACAGUCUGGAGCUGUUUAAUUAUCCUAAGCAUUACCAGGGUGAUCUGGAGUGUGUGUACAUCCCUCAUGGAGUCAUUAUGAACAGGAUCGAGUGUCUGGCCAGAGACAUCCUUGAAGACAUCGGGGAUCAUGACAUGAUGGUUCUCUGUGUUCUGAAGGGAGGAUACAAGUUCUGUUCUGACCUGGUGGAGUCAAUCAAAGCUCAGAGUCGCAGCGCCAACAGAAGACUGACCACCAGAGUAGAGUUCAUCCGUUUUAAGAGCUAUCUGAAUGACCAGUCCACUGAAGAUCUGCACAUUAUUGGACCAGAUGACCUCUCCAUGCUGAAAGGAAAGAAUGUCUUGAUUGUGGAGGCAAUAGUGGACACAGGAAAGACAAUGACAGCCCUUCUACAGCACGUGGAGACUUUCCAGCCCAAAAUGGUUAAAGUUGCAGGGUUGCUGGUUAAGAGGGUUCCUCACGGGGCGGCAGAGCUCCCUGACUAUGUUGGAUUUGUCAUUCCCAAUCUAUUUGUGGUGGGUUACGCUCUGGACUACAAUGAGUACUUCAGGGACCUCAAUCACAUCUGCGUCAUCAGUGAGACAGGGAAACAGAAAUAUAAAGUGUGACAAAACUCCCUUCAAGAGGAAUGGACAUUUAUAUUACCAUAACGGAUGAAAAACUCAUUGUGACACAAGAUUACUGUGUUCUCAAAUCAGAGAUCUGAUAUCUGUCACUGACAUGCUGAAUUAUGUUUGAAAUAUUAUAUAAUGUGUUUUGCAUUAAUUGAGUAAAGUCACAUCACAAUACUAACGUGAUAUGAUGUGUAAAACAGACUUACUCUGUUCCAUUUUGUAUGCUGUAUCAGUUUAAGAGCCCAGCUGCCCAUUUUGUUCUCUUUAGAAGACAUUUGUUUGUGAGACCAUCUAUGCCACUGAGGACAUUCUAUGUUUUCGGGUUGUAGGGAGGCAGGAGCUUUAUCCAAUCACAAAAUUGGACAGUAGGUUAUAGCUAUAUAAAAUGAAUAGCAAUUUAAAUUUUGCUUUGUGAAAAUUCAAAUGUUACAGAUGAUACUACUGAAAUAAAAUGCCUUGAAAAUGCA